AUGUCCUCUUUGUCAGGCCACGACCUACCUUCCCCGGAAGAGGUGAUUCCUGGAGACUGUAAGGACGAAGAGAAGGCGAUGGUUACAGAGCUCGGCAGCAGGUCGGAACUAAUUGCCAAUGGAUACUACGAGGAGCGCCAGGCGUUCCGCCAAGGCCUCCGAGAGCGUCAUAUCCAGAUGAUUGCUCUAGCAGGGACAAUAGGAACGGGCCUUUUUCUCAGCUCUGGUCGUGCUAUUGCUAAUUCCGGGCCCUUGGGCUCGUUUCUGGGGUACUCAAUCGUCGGAUUAUCUGUCUCCAGUAUAAUGUUCGCUAUAGGUGAAUUGGGGGCUCUUGUGCCUCUCAACGGAGGCAUUGUGCGAUACAGCGAGUACUUCUUCGACCCUGCGCUAUCUUUUGCUAAUGGGUGGAAUCUGGUCUAUUCGUACCUAGUUUCUAUUCCAGCAGAGGUCACUGCUGCUGCGGUGCUUAUUGAGUUUUGGAUAACCAUUAAUAACGCAGUCUGGAUUACUAUCUUCGGUGUCCUGAUGACAGCUACCGCAGUCCUGCUAGUGCGAGUAUACGGAGAAUUGGAAUUUGGGUUCUCGAUGCUGAAAAUCAUGCUUGUCAUUGGCAUCAACAUCAUGGCUCUCGUCAUCACCUGCGGCGGCGGGCCUAAUCACGAGUCAAUCGGGUUCCAAUACUGGAAGAGCCCCGGUCCAUUUGUACAAUACCUAGGUAUCAAAGGCUCCUUGGGACGCUUUCUCGGCUUCUGGACGACAAUGAACAAUGCUGUCUACUCCUACUCUGGUAUCGAGGUCAUUACUGCUGCUGCUGCAGAGACAAGAAACCCGCGACGCGCCAUCCCGCAAGCAGCACGACGUAUCUUCAUCCGGAUUAUUCUGUUCUACGUCAUUACCAUCUUUAUGGUUGGUCUCGUGGUGCCUUCGAACGACCCAAGUCUCCUCCGUUCCACCGGUACCGCGUCACAAUCUCCCUUCGUCAUUGCAGCUACUCGCGCGGGAAUCAAAGUUGUACCGUCGAUCAUCAACGCCGUCAUUCUCACCUCUGCAUGGUCGUCAGGAAACUCCAACAUGCUCAGUGGCUCGCGGGUCCUGUACGGUCUGGCGGUGCAUGGGCAUGCGCCGAAGGUCUUCCGUCGGAUCAACCGAUUCGGGGUUCCAUACGUGUCUGUGGCACUGUUCAGUGUAUUCAUCUGCUUGGGAUACAUGACCAUUUCCAGCACCGCGAGCACCGUGUUUAAUUGGCUGCAAGAUCUGGUUUCGGUCUCAACUAUCAUUAACUGGUUGAGCAUCUGCGUUGUCUACCUACGCUUUUAUUAUGGAUGCAAGAAGCAGAAUAUCGACCGACACAGAGAUCUUCCCUACGCAGCCCCUUGGCAGCCGUAUGCAACCUGGGCGACGUUGAUUUUGUACAUUGUGUUACUUUUAACAGGGGGGUAUAGUACUUUUAUGCGUGGAAAAUGGAGUAAUGAGACGUUCGUUUCGUCUUAUAUCAAUAUUCCCAUUAUUCUGUUGCUAUAUUUCGGGUUUAAGCUGUGGAAGAAGAGCAAGAUUGUACCUUUGGAUGAACUACCGAUCAGACAGUUUAUUGAAAUCUACCAGAGGAAUCCGGAGCCAGCGCCGAAGCCGAAAAGAGGGCUUCACAGGUUGAAUAUCUUGUGGUCUUAG